ACAUUUUCCUUCUUUCUCCUUCAUUUGGUCUCCAGUGUUUGUGCAGUGAGCGUUGUUGUUCGUAGUGCGAAGCACGUGCCGGAUAUUUUUUAUUUGAUAUAUCAAGCAAAUAUAAAACCAAUUUUACCAAAAUGGCAGACGCAGCUAUUGAAAAGAAAGAUGCCGCGCCCGAGGAAGUUUCCUCGACUGAGGCGGCAAAAGAAUCGCCAGUGAAGAAAUCUCCCGCCAAAAAGGUUGCGGAGCCUGAGAGCAACGGUAAGGAAGAGAAUGGCAGCGGAGACGCGCCCGAAGAGACACCAGCUGAAAAUGGAGACGAAGACAGCAAUGACGCUGUUGAAAAUGGUGAUGCCGUCGAAGAAAAGAAGGAAGCCGGUGUCAAGAGGAAAUCUGUAGCGACAGACAAUGGUGAGUCUGAAAAGACCACACCAGAGAAGAAGUCGAAAGUGGUCGAAGAGGCUCCACCCGCCGAGGAAGAGGCGGCCUAAAGAUACAUAAACACAACGCUUGGUUUACUGCAAUGCAUUCAUGUUCAUUAGGGUUCAACUCAUACAUACAUAUCCUCUAUAUACAUUUACAAUGCCAAAACUAUAGUUUUUAUACAUUGUUACAUAUUUGUACGCUUUAUAUAACAGAGUUGGGCCCUUUUGCGACCGCACUAGUUUAAGUUUAUAAUACAAAUGUAUUUAACUUACCUGUGGAAGUACCUGUGAAGUGUAGAUUUCUUAACAGUCAUGUCAUGUGCAUCGCAGUGAACUGACCAUGCACUAGAUUGGAUUCCGAGUUUGCUGUUUGCGUAUUGGUUAUUGAAUUGAAUCAUUGGUCAUGGAACAUUUCCACCACUAGGUACUGCCAAAGUUAUUCACUCAAUGUGAAGAUCAGUCCGGGAUCCGUUCUGUGAACGAUGCGACACAACAGCUUCAGUAACAAGGAUUUUAUUAAGAUAAGGUUAAUUAAAAUUAAAGUGUUAGAUAAAUAAUUCAGUUGUAAAUUUAAGUUAGCAAUUUAAUGUCGCACAUUUACUACAUAGGCAUUAUUUACUUAACCAAUAAACAUUCCUUUGACUUGGGUUGGAAUGCAUCGUGGACUUGCCUUGAUUGAAGUCCGCCGUGCAUCAGUAAUUUUAAGAAUUUUUAAAGUUCAAAGUUGACAAGGUGAUAGUUCAUAUUGACAUACUAAUUUUUUUGUGUGCUAUUUUUGAAUUCUAUGGGUCUUUAUUUUCUUAUUGCUGUUUUUUUUUUCUAAUUUAUUUUUGCUUCUCAUUAAUGUGAUAGAUACAAAUCUCGAAUGUAAGAUAUCUCUGCGGAUGUGAAUCCUAAUUCUCAUGCUGCAACAAAUAUUUGAAACGGUGUUCCAAGCUGAGGAAUUAUAUAUUAAGAUUUUGACUAACUUUUUUUCAAAUUAUUUUUCGGACCUUAAUAAAUUCUGAAGUACAUAUAGUUUUAGACCGUAGUAUGUACAGUCUAACACUACUUAGUGAGUCAGUGUUUGUAAAAGAUUUUUAAAUUCAGGCAAUAAAAUAGUCUAAUAAA